AUGUUCAGAGAUGCGUCGCCCAUACCAUAUAUCCUCCAGCCCGAGGAACGAAUCGAGAACCUCAAGGAUUUUCUGGAAACCGAUUUUGGCGAACUACAGCGAGUGAAUGUCGAAGCUCUCAUUCGCCUAUAUGAGAGUGGUGAGCUUGGACCACGCAAACAGACUGAUCCCCCGACCGUUCAGCCAAUCGUUCAGCAGACCACUCAACAGGGUAUUCAGAAAACCAUUGAGCAGGCCAUUCAACAAGCUGUUUCCCAGGCUGUUUUACAGCCCAAGCAGAGGUUAAAGACUCGGAUCUCUGAGUAG